UUGGAUGUGUACAGAUCAGCUGUUGCAGACCAGAGGCACACAGGCUCAGGGACUCAUCGGACUCAUCUCAGAACCUUCAGGACUGAGCAGAGGGAGCAGCCAGCAUGCCGAAAAAUAACUACAAAUCCAAGAUCAUCGCCGCCACCUUUGUCCUGCUGACCCUCGCUGUCAUCGGCGGCAUUGUCACCAUGAUCAUUUUUUACAACAAUCAGAUCUCUACGAUGAACCCGACACCCCGACCGACCUUCCCGCCCACCACCGCAGCACCGCCGCCCAGCAUGCGGCUGCCGAGGAAUCUCAUACCUGAGAGCUACGAGAUCUUCCUCCAGCCCCACCUGUACAGCCGCAUCAUCGAGGAGGUGAACGUCACCAGUCCCAACCAGACGACCCUUUUCACUGGGAACUCUACAGUUCACUUUAAGUGUGUCCAGAGGACUCGCAGCAUCUACCUCCACAGCGUGGACCUGGUCGUUUCCAAUUCUGUGGUGAAGAACAAAGACACGGAUGAGAGGAUACACUCCACGGUGAAGUAUCCCAAAGGCUCUGGCGAGUUUCUUGAGGUCCAGUUGAACGAAGCCCUGGAGGCUGGAGGGAACUACAGUUUGUUUCUGGCUUUCAAGGGAGAAAUAUCCGAAUCCCUUUAUGCACUUUAUGUAAGCUCAUAUAUCGAAGGUGUCCCCGAUUAUGAAGGUGAUACAAAUGCGCAGAGAUUCCUGGCCGCCACCAAUAUGGAGCCAACAGCCGCCCGGGCAGUGUUUCCUUGUUUCGACGAGCCGGAAAUGAAGGCUGUGUUCCACCUCACCGUCAUCCACAGGCAGGGUACAACAGCUCUGGGAAACGCGGAGAGAUGUGGCUCCAGCUUCAUAGACGACGAGUGGCAAUACACUCGUUUCCAUCCGACACCGAGGAUGUCGACGUACCUGUUUGCCUUCACAGUUUCAGAGUUCACAGCGACCCCCUGCCCACACAAUCGGGUGGAUAUUAAAAUUUUUGCCCGCCCUGAGGCCACGGCAGCAGGACACGCUCAAUACGCAGCGAGCAUCACCGGAAAGAUUCUCGACUUCUACGGGGAUCGAUUUGGAAUCGAUUACUCCCAGAGAAAGCUAGAUCAAAUUGCACUGCCAGACCUAAGUCCUGCUGCAAUGGAAAACUGGGGACUGGUCACAUACCAGGAGGGAGUCCUGCUCUACGAGGAAGGGGUGACCUCAACGUUGGCGAAGGAAAGGAUCGCGAGCAUCAUUGCACAUGAACUAGCACAUCAGUGGUUCGGAAAUCUGGUGACGAUGAAAUGGUGGAAUGAAAUUUGGCUCAACGAGGGCUUUGCCACCUACAUGACUUACAUUGCGGUGGAUGCCAUUGAGCCUUCAUUCAAAGCAAAGGACACGUGCGUCGCGAACAACCUCCUCACAGCAUUCGAGGAGGACGCCCUGGCCUCAUCCCAUCCUCUCAGUCCGCCGGAGCAAGAUGUCCAGGAGAAUUACGAGAUCUUCCAAUUGUUUGAUGGAAUAGUCUACAGUAAGGGGGCAGUUGUGCUGAGAAUGCUGGCAGACGUCUUGCAUGAAGAAGUUUUCAACAAAGGGAUCAAUAUGUACCUCUGGCACUUCCGGUACAACAACACUGACGAGCAGAACCUCUGGGAUUAUUUACAAAAGGCCGUAGAUGCGGAUGGUGGACACAUCAAUGUUGCCAAGGUGAUGGACCCAUGGACCAAUCAAAUUGGCUAUCCAGUCAUCACCAUCAACACAACCAACGGAGAAAUCUACCAGAAGCACUUCCUGUUCAACGACUCUUCUGAAUCCAGUAAUUGGUGGUAUGUCCCGAUCAGAGUCAUGUCAAAGACAACUGUACCGUCUCUUGCCUGGUUGGACUCCAGCGACAAAGUGAAGAAAGGCGAAUUCAUUUCCAAGAAUGGAGAGUGGAUCCUGGCAAACGUGGACUGUACUGGAUACUACAGAGUCAAUUACAACUUGAAGAACUGGGAAUCCCUCCUGACUCAGCUGGAAACCGACCCAGAGCGGAUCCCACUGCUAAACAGAGGGCAGCUCAUCGAUGACGCAUUCAACCUGGCAAGGGCCAAACUCGUCGACGUGACUCUGGCUCUGAAUUUAACGCGCUUCCUUCGCAAUGACACCGAGUACCUUCCCUGGAGGUCGGCCGUCAGGAACCUGGAAUACUUCGUCCACAUGUUUGACCGCUCCGAGGUGUACGGACCCAUGCAGGCGUACCUCCGGCAGCAGGUCAGCGGACUGUACAACUUCUUCAGGAACUACACGGACAACUCGACCGUCCCAGUGGACCACUCCUUACAAAAAAACCAGAUCAUCGCCAUAGGGAUGGCGUGUUCCAGCGGACUCCCAGAGUGUGUGACGAUGGCUCGAGAGAUGUUUUCCAAAUGGAUGAACAACAACAUCAACAUGAUCCACAGCAACCUGCGGUCCACGAUCUACUGCCAGGCCGUGGCUCAUGGCGGACGGAGGGAGUGGGAGUUCGCCUGGAAAAAGUACCAGACGUCCGUCGACACCUCGGAGAAAGACCAGCUGCUUCUAGCUCUGUCCUGCACCAAGGAGAUCUGGCUGCUCAACAGGUACCUGGAGUACACUCUGAACCCCGAGAAGAUUCGCCUGAUGGACACUGACACCGCCAUCCAGUACGUGGCCGGGAACGUGGCAGGGCAGACGCUGGCGUGGAACUUCAUCAGAGCGAACUGGCUCUACGUCAGCAGAGGGAGCUCAGUCUCGCUGAUCCUCGCCGUGACCCGGAGGUUCUCCACACAGUUUGAGCUGGACGAGCUGCAGCGGUUUGUGACCGACAUCGACCUGCCGUCUGCGAGGGUGGAGCAGGCCACGGAGCAGAUCCGCGUCAACAUCCAGUGGGUCCGGGAGAACAAGGACACGAUACUCGAGUGGUUCGAGGGCGAAGCGGGCUGGUAGAGCGCCGGGACGGGAGAAACUCCCGCCGGCUCUUUGGUUGUGUUUCGGAUCAGCGGCGCUCAAACACCAGAACUGGUCGUGAUUCUGGUCCAAAAUCAUCAAAGACCAUCAACAUCCAGCACUUUGAUCCGACAUGUGGAGGACGUGGCUCGUCAGACUGAACAGUGUUUUAUGUACAGGAAUAUAUAUAUAUAUAUACAUAUGCAUUAUUUAAACAGUAUAUUCGAUGAAAAUAGGUAUUUGUGAUUUUUGUUUGUAAAAAGAUAUAUAUAUAUAUAUAUAUAUAUAUAUAUAUUUCAUUUUCACUGUUGCCAAUUAUCAAAAGUAUUUUACAAUCAAAGCUUUACCUUUUUUUUUUCUUUUCUUUUUUUCUACAGUGGAGGUGAAAUGGAAAAGUAAAACUUUUAUGCUGCUAAUUUUCGUACCAGAGCCAAAAAAGUACAGAACCUCACGUAUUUGUCGUAGCUGGAGAAUCUAUAUUUGUACGAUAUGUUUCAUAAUCAAAGAAGCAAAUUAUUCUUGUAUGUUGCUGAAAUUGUUAUUUUGUUAAUAAUAAAUUCUUAUCUGACGGUG